AUGAGGCUGAGCUUGUAUCUGCUUAUAGCCUUCGGUGUGGUACACUCGCACUCCGUAUCCGUGAGAUACAUUCUGAAUGCUCUUGCUGGAGAGCUGCACUACGAAGCGAUUCUUCUGGUGGAAAGCUCGAGGGAAAGCGAGUCGUGCUGGAAGCACAAGGACGUUCAAGGAGCGGUGCCCAUUCUAAGCUUCAACGGCAAUCAAAGUUUGUAUCUUAAGGAUGAUUUUAGUACAAAUAUACUGGCACUAGUUUGCCUGGACGGAAGCGAAGGGAGUAACAUGCAGGCGCUCUAUCAGAAUCUCGAGGAUAUGCGCGACACGCCCACCAUACUGUUCGUGCCUUCGGAUUCCGAACUCCAGGACGUCUUCCUGGAGUGUCUGAGACGAAAAAUGCUCAAUGUGCUGGCUUUCAAAGGCUCGGACUGGGGGUUCGUCUACAGCUUUCGGGCUUUCCCCGAAUUCCGAGUCAUUGAACGCAAUGUGAGGGACGUCCUUCAGUACUUCGAGCCCCAACUCGAAGAUCUGGGUGGCCAUACCCUCAGCACUCUGCCCGACAACAUAAUCCCGCGAACUGCGGUCUACAGGAGCCCGGAUGGAAGUCGCCAGCUGGCUGGAUAUCUCUACCCCUUCGUGCGGAACUACGUGAGCACCAUCAACGCCACCCUCAAGAUCUGCUGGCAUCUGGUUCCCGAGGACGGCAUGACCCAGUUGGGGGAAGUGGUCAGGCUGUCGGAGAUCCAUGAUGUGGAUUUGCCACUGGGCAUCCAUGGCAUUGAGCACGGAACGACGAGUCAGAACGUUCCACUGGAGAUCUCCAGCUGGUUCCUGAUGCUGCCCAUGGAACCCUGCCUUCCUCGGGCUAAACUCUUCGUCAUGUUGGGUUUCGAGAAACUAGCGCCAGUGCUGCUGCUGCUGACCAUCCUGCUGGGCAAUGCCCAUCGGAUUGAGAGCGGCUUGGGGCCCAGCUGGCGCUGCUACAUCCUGGUAGACAGAGUCCUGCGAGGAGCACUGGCACAGCCAUUCUUCCUACCCCGCAGGCUGUCCGUCAGGCUGAUGCUAGUUUACUUCGUGAUCCUGCUCAAUGGAUUCACUUUCAGCAACUGUGCCCUCACCAUUCUAGAGACGUGGCUCGUGCAUCCCCCACCGGGGCAUCCAAUCCGCAGCUGGGAGCAACUGCGCACCUUGAAGCUGAAAGUGCUAACUAUUCCCGCCGAUUUGGAUACCAUUACGAAAGCCCUAGGCAAGCAAUUCGCGCAGAGGAACAGCGAUCUCUUCGAGCUGUCCGACGCGGUGAAUUUCCAGAACAGGCGUUUGGCCAUGGACCAAUCCUAUGCCUAUCCUGUGACGGGCACCUUGUGGCCACUGCUGAAGCACGUCCAGACCCGCCUACGGCAGCCAGCGUUUCGACGAUCCCGGGAGCUGGUGCUCAUACCGCUACUCAUCUUGGCCAUGCCCCUGCCGAAGAACUCCAUGUUCCACAAGUCGCUGAAUCGGUACAGGGGCCUCACCCAGCAGAGCGGCUUGUACCAGUAUUGGUCCAGGCGGAGCUUCGGCGAGCUAGCAGCCCUCCGGAAGAUCCACUACAAGGUGAAGGGUGGGCAGCAGACAUAUCGGGACUUCGAGUGGCAGGACUUUGGCUAUGUGUGGCUGGGCUUCGUGGCAGGAGCCGCCGUGAGUGUCCUGGUGCUGCUUGGCGAGAUCGGAUACCACAGCUGGCAAUUAGGACGAAACUAG